AUGCCUCGAUCAACGUACACCGAGGCUUUACUCGGCCCGGAAUUGUAUAAGAAAGUAAGAGAGACGAAGAUAUUGGUAGUGGGAGCAGGUGGGAUAGGCUGUGAGCUGUUGAAAAAUCUAGUGUUGGUCGGUUUUGCAAAUAUAGAAAUUAUCGAUCUAGACACAAUCGAUUUAUCGAAUUUAAAUCGACAAUUCCUUUUUCGAAAGCCAGAUAUAUCGAAACCUAAAGCAUUAGUAGCGGCUGUCACUGCGAGACACUUCAACCCUUCUUCAGGUAUAGAGAUACAUGCUAGACAUGGGAAUGUCAAAGAUAGUGUAAAUGAUAUUGAGUGGAUUAAAAGUUUCGGUCUAGUAAUGAACGCUUUGGACAAUAUGGAUGCAAGAAGACAUGUCAAUAGACUUUGUCAAGCUGCGAAUGUCCCUUUAAUCGAAUCUGGUACUGCUGGUUAUUUAGGUCAAGUAACCCCUAUGAUCAAAGACAAAACGGAAUGUUUCGAUUGUGUACCGAAACCUGCACCUAAAUCGUUCCCUGUCUGCACUAUCAGAUCCACUCCUUCAGAACCAAUACAUUGUAUCGUAUGGGGAAAGACGUAUCUUUUCGGGAAACUCUUCGGCGAAGAUGACGAAGACAUGGAUACUGAAGAAUUGGACAAAGCGAAAGCAGGAGGAGAGAAUGCCGAGGAAAUAGAGAAUCUCAAGAAAGAAGCUGUUGCUUUCCGAGAAGUAAGAAAGAAUCUGGGUGAAGAGAACGGUCCAGUGAAGGUAUUUCAGAAAGUAUUCAACGAGGAUAUCAACAGACUUCUUGCCAUGGAGGAUAUGUGGAAGAAGGAGGGUAGGGUGAAGCCUGUUCCUCUCGAGUACGACUCUAUCAUAAAUGGGAGCUUCGAAACACCUCCUCUUCGUCACUCUGCUCCUCAACAACCGAAUGGUCAAACAUCGGCCAACGGAAGCAAUGCGAAGGAGGGUUUGAAGGAUCAACGGGAGUUGACAUUGAAGGAGAAUUUGGAAUUGUUCAUUGACAGCUGCAAGCGAUUAGCAGCUCGUUCUAUCGCAUACCCUGAUGUCUCACUGGCUUUUGACAAAGACGAUGACGAUACUCUCGAUUUCGUUCUAGCUACAGCUAAUCUCAGAGCAACAGCGUACGGGAUAGCGAACAAAACCAGAUUUCAAGUGAAAGAAAUGGCUGGAAACAUCAUCCCUGCUAUUGCUACUACCAACGCCAUCAUUGCAGGAUUGAUUGUCAUGCAGUCACUCAACAUUUUUCGACAACUUCCCCUGCCUUCUAAUGCUAAUGGUGAAGCUGAGUCAUCCGCCGGUCCAGCGAUUAAAAAUGUUUUUUUACGUACAGAUCCAAUCAAACCGUUAGGUUUUUCUCUGCCAUCACGGGCAGAUACCAAAUGUUCAGUGUGUCGAGAUAUCUAUAUACCUCUCAAAGUGGAUUUAUCGAAAUGUACUUUAGGUAUCUUUGUCAAUGAUAUAGUGAAGACAUGGCUUGGGGAAGCCAACUUUGAAGAUAAAGAAAAAGAUGAGGAAGUCGAAUGGACCAUAUUUGAAGGAGGUAGAUUGUUGGCUGAUCCUGAUUUUGAUGAUAAUUACGGAAGAACCUUAGAUGACUUAGAUGUCAAAAGAGGGAAAAUGUUGACUGUAAGAGAUGAGGAAGGUAAAUGGAGACCCGUGCAUUUCUGCAUUUGUGAGAGUGAUCCUCAAUCAUCCACCUCAUAUUCUUUACUUUCGGCACCACCUAAAAUUACACUUGCUCCUCCUGCGCCUAUACAGAGGGAACCAUCAGAAGAACCUAUAUUACUUGAUUCAAUACCACCUCCAGCUGCUUCCACUGCUGAAACAGUCCCAGUAUCCAGUAGCACAAGCACAGGAAUCAAGAGAUCUGCUCCCGACGACGGGGACGUCAAGGAUCUUACUGCUGAGGAGGAACAAGCAGUGAAGAGGAGGAAAGUGGAGGUAGUUGAGAACGACGAUGAUGAUUUUGAGAUCUUAUAA